CUGGAGAACUUGGUGUACUAUAACCGUUUGAAGAACUCCAAAAUUGUUAUCAGUGACUUCCAGCUGGCAAAACUGGAAAAUGGACUCAUUAGGAAUCCGUGUGGAACGCCUGAAUACCUCGCUCCAGAGAUGGUUGGAAGGCAGAGGUAUGGGAGACCUGUGGACUGCUGGGCCAUUGGUGUCAUCAUGUAUAUACUUUUAUCUGGGAACCCUCCUUUCUAUGAUGACUCUGAUGAGGAGGACCCUGAUAACCGGGAUAAGAACCUUUUCCUAAAGAUUUUGUCUGGGGAUUAUGAGUUUGAUUCCCCAUAUUGGGACGAUAUCUCAGACUCUGCCAAGAACUUAGUGGCGUCUUUGAUGGAUGUUGACCAAGAUCAACGUUUGACUGCACAGGAAGCUAUUGCCCAUGAAUGGAUUUCUGGAAAUGCUGCCUCAGAUAAGAAUAUCAAGGAUGGGGUUUGUGCGCAGAUUGAAAAGAACUUUGCCAAAGCCAAAUGGAAGAAAGCAGUGAGGGUCACCACACUGAUGAAAAGGCUUCGAGCAUCUGAUCAGGGCGAUGCUGCCGGCGCGUCGGCCGGGGCCCCAGGUGACCCCAACACACCCGGCGGUGCUCCUGCUGCGCCUGCCGGUGGAAGCAUCAGCAUGGCUGCAGCCCUAAAGGCCGCUCUUAAGGAAAAGGCUUCUGACACACAGACUGCAGCCAUCUCCGAACCCUCUGUGCCAGCUGAAGCCCAGCAGGACCAGCAGGACCAGCAGGACCAGCAGCAGCAGCAGCAGCUAAAUACAAAAUGAAGAGCUGUACUCAGUAUUGAUGGACAUCACAGAUGAAAACAGCGAGGAGAGGAGAACUAGCUUUAAGAAAAUAACACAAGAAGACGACGAGAAGGAGUCCCUCUACUGAGGCUGGCGAGGGAAGACGGGAGGCGUACAAAGUGGCGCCGCGGCAGUGGUGUCAAACCAGCCACAAACUUGACAGAUGGAGUGAGCCAGUUUCCACCAGGGACCACCUUUUUGCCGGGUAGAAAAGGACAGAGAAAGAAAGAAGUGUCCCGUUAUUAUAAAACAUUUUAUUUUUCUAUACUUUUGUGAUUUACAAUGGUAAAAAAAAAGUGUGUAUAAAGCAGUAUAUAUGUACAAAUCUGUUUUUAUGUUUUUUUGGUAAGGGAGAUGAACAGUUGGCCCUUGAUGCUGAUUCUGUGGUAUGCAGGAAGGAGGAGGGAGGACCUCGCCCCCCCUCCUCUCUCUUUGGCACACUGCUCUGUCGCCGAGGUCGUGUAAAAAAAAAAAAAAGAUAAACUAAAAAAAAAAGUGGUGACCGGGAGAGCUCGGCUUUUAGGCAGAUGCACUUUCUACGCUGUACUUCCUGUGGCUGGAGUCAAAGGUCAGCUUCCUGGUCUUGCUGCUCCGCCUUCUUCCUUCCUUACUAUCUUCCUUUMUUGUUUUUGUUUUGUUUUCGGGCCAACGAUGACGCCGCCGCUUCCUCCUUCUCGCGGCGUCGUCGGCCCGCAGCGCCUACUGUUAGCAGCGUCCCCCCGUGGAUACUGUCGUGAUGUCACUUCCCCUUUUUCUGGCAGCACCAUUGGGCAUCCCCGCCCUCCCCAAUGGGCAGCAUCGAUGGUUUACAGCUUUGGGGAGUGGGGGGGGAUGAGCCACGGCGGGACGGUGAGACGGUACGAAGCCGAGCCUCCCCGUCUGCCCCUCUCCACGCCCCAGCAGAGGUCACUGACUUUAGGACUAUUUAGAAAAGAUUUWAAAAAAAAACGAAGCGCAGAAGCCGCUGACUUUAUUCACCUGCCAGACUUCAAGCCCAAGCCUUUGUGUCACUCUGCACCGACGGACAAACUAUCAGACCAACGUGAAAACAAGGUGCGUACAACUACCAACGAUGCACGUCUCCAUCUGACGAGAAUAACUCAUCAACAUCCAUGUAACAAAUUGAAUUAUCAAGUAAUCCCAUUGUAUUCCAUCAGCAGGUGCAUAACCAAAACAGAAGCCUGAGGCAUAUAGACUAUGUCGCUAGAUAAAACAUUAUAGAAACACAGUAGUGCCCAUCCAACAGUAUUAAGGAACGAGGGCUGAUAUGUGAUUUCUUUUUUUUUUGUCAGUGUAUUCUGAGAGUAUUUGUGUUUUCUUUUUCAGCACUCAAAACUUUUGAACAGAAAAAAAAAGUUUUACUUUUGUGGAAGCAGAACCUUAAUUCUUUAUAUCAGGAGAGUCACUGUAAACGUGUUUAAUCAAGAAUGUUGGUUCAGUUUUUGAAUGUAUUUUAUUGUCUAGGGUGUCCAAUAAGUAUGUAUUCUUUUUUCUGUAUAUAAAUAUAUAUACAUAUCUAUUAUAUGGGCUGUGGUGAUGUCAGGGAAUAGAGGGGGGUGGCAGGAAAGCCUCUGGUCCCCCCACCCCCCCCUGAGCAUAGUUAUCAGAACUCCCUCCGACUAAAUAUGUCCCUGAUAUUUACUGUAACAUGUGAUCAUGUGUUCUAUGAUUGAAAGUGUGAUGGUGAUUGUGUGAACUAUCUCCCCUGGAACCCAGCUUUUGUCACACAAACACACGCACUGUGCAGAUACUCACAGAUCGACAACACAUGCUGGAUUUCACACAGGAACAUCGCCCCCCCCCCUCCCCUCCCCAUUCAGAGCCAAACAUCCCACCUUCUUUUCAACCAGAACAAUAAUCUGCUGUAACUCGGACCAUUCUCUGGAGCUGGAGGCUAAUUAGUUGUUGUAGGUGUUAGAAAAGAAAAAAAAAGUUUAUGAAUAUUGAUUUUUCUUAUUACUUGAACCAAAGUUUGGUUUGAACGCGCGCUCCCAGCGCCCUUUGAUCAGGAGCCGGCGGGACUCUGAUGAUGGCGAGCCUGAACGCGUAUCGACGUGACCCAGAUUUCCGGAGGAAGAGCUCCGGCUGUCCUGCAGACGCCUCAGUUUACAAACCACACUUCUCACGCUGGAUUUAUUGCAUAUUGAACGUAACCUGCUGGCCCUGACCAGAACCCCCCCCCCCACCCCCUUUCCCCAAUCAGAGGCGAGCAGGUUCAGGUGAAGCACAACUUUUGUUUGAGAGUUCAGGGUACACUACGUCAGUAGUGGUUUGUGGGAGUUGUUCCAGGAGGGGAAGAAUAGAUGAAGCUCCAGACUUUCUGUACAAAACUACAGUGUGUACUGUUAAUAUCCUGUACAGUGAAUCUCACCUCACACUUUGAUUAAUUUCAUCUUAUUUCAGGUUUAAAAAAAAUGUUCUGAUUCAGGGCUCCUACCCACACGCCGACCUCUGCUCAUUUGUAGACAGCAUCUCAUAUAUUAAAGAGUAUCUAUAUCAUGGCAACUAACUGUUGUGAAGUCUAAUUGGGGUAAAAGUCGGUCAUUUGUUCUCCCUUACAGCUAUCAUAUGCAGAUUUAGCAUCUUCAUUCCUGUAGGUUUGUUUCUGAGAGUCAGCUGACCCACUUACAGCACGAAAACUUGCGGCGGGUCAGAACCAACUCAGGAGCAGGUUGGAGUUUUAGUUUGACGCAAACUUCCAGGGAGGCAGAGAUAAAGAGCCACAGUUUGUGUUUUUUUUUCUACUUCUUUACUUUGUUUUUGUUUUUUUUUCUUCAUAUGGUUGGAGUUUAUCCACUGAAUUAUCUAUGCAUAACGCCACAAAAAACUUGAUGUCAUGUGUGACAGGCACAUUUUUGAGAGAACACUUGUGUACUUAUUCUAGUUAGUAUUAGCAGAUAAAGGUAGAGGCGAUACCGCUGUUGUGUGUUUUACUUUUGUCUACAAAUCUUACAAAAAGAAAAAAAAAGUGUCUCCAAGCUCUUACUUACACUGUUUUUCUGUCAAAAUAUGUUUUUAGAAAGUGAAAAAAAUGAAGAAAAAAAAUGUAGUUUUUAGAAAACAUCACUGAAGCUGAAGUGCAUUUUUAGGGACUACUUUCAGCGGCGGAUGAAUCCACACAAGAGGCUCUUGUAAGUUUUUAAGGCAGCAGCUCAGAUUUGGGAUGAAAGUCUCCACCUGCAGCAGAGUGGUGCUCUGAAGUGUUCUGUUGUUGUUGUUGUUGUUGUUGUUGUUGUUGUGAACGACGACGACGCCCUCCGGCUCAAACACAACGGCUUUGUGUGAUUAUGUUUGGUUAUUAUCUGUUCAAGAGCUUUGAGCUGCAUCCCUGCUUCUUUUUUUAAACUAAAAGGUAACACGUAGCAUUUCUAUGGGACAGUGUUGCAGAGAUGCAUGUCGGGCAUCUUUCAGUUUAUGCAAAAUAAAAAAAAWAUAUUUGACUCGUUUUAAACUGGAAGGGAUAGUUCAAUUUGUACCUGAUGCACAUUUAUUAUUAGUAACAUUUGCAGUAAAGUAGUUCAAAAUAAAUGUCACCAUCGUUCACUGUUCCUGCUAAUAACUGUUGUAGAGUUAGGAAUAGUAAUAGGGGCUGAGUGCAAUGUUGUCAUUUGAAGAUUUUUACUGGAUUCUGACGUUUUCACCCACGGUUAAAACACUAAACAUGUAUAAGUCCAUCACUUUCUCUACAAUAACCGCUUUCAAUGUGUGUGCAGCUUUGCAGCUAUCUUUAAAGUGCAGUUUUGCUAUAAAAAAAAAAGAAAUAAGCAUAUUAGUGAAGCUCUUUUGGACGUGUGGUAAUGAAAAGGCCCGUCCCUGCUUCAGGGUUCGAUCCUGUUCUAUAGCUUUUAUUGCAUGACCAUAUUUUCUCAUGGGUUCUCAUCCAGCACCUCCAGCUCCCGUGAACACGGCUCUCCUUAACUGAUUAGCUGCCAAAGCCUCAUGCAAGCUGUAGUUUAAUACUGAGAAAAAAAAUAAAUAAAUGCAAGAUCAAUUUUAUUGCCUUAGAACUUUGUCUUUUUAUCCAGUUGAUAUAUAAAUAUAUAAAAAAAACCCUGCUGAAUAUGUUUUAGACAUUUUUAAUGAAGUAGUUUGAUUUCGCAGUGUUAGCAGUGAGGAUGAGAGAGUUCUGUGUUUGAGGCGUUUUCAUUUCUUUGUGACUGUGGUGGUUUAUUUCUGCUCACUGGAGCUCACUCUGAACUUUAACUGCGUCCAGAGGACUGGAUCUAAAACUCCAGCUUGCACCGAAGCAGAGGGCCGGAGUGGUGGGGGGGGCACGGGGGCGGAGUCACGGUAACACCCCCCCCCCCCUCCUUCAGAUGCCUUCAGUGUAACGAACUGGUCCUGAUCUCCCUGAGCACAACUGCUUGAGCUGUGGCCCCGCCCCACUCUGGAGUCCCCGCCCCCAACAACCUCCCACAUCCCAUCCCAGCCUUCUAGUGUGCGAGUCGACUGGCCCCGUUUUGUAUUCCUGGUGUUCUGUACAUAAUAACUUUCACCCCCAGUUACCUCGUCCUCCCUCCCUCAGCUCUUAUUUUUUGGGGGGGAAAAACAUGAAAGAAAGGGAAAUUUAAAAAUAACAGAAAAAAGAAAAAAAAUACAUCCUUUGACUCCCCGAAAUCUUGUAUUUUGUUCUAAUAAUAACAAAAAUUUAUUUAUAAGGAUUUUUUAAAAUCUAUCUCUUUCUCCUUUUUGUAAAUGUUCCAGUAAAAUAAUGUUUAAAAAAGUUAAAAAAUUAAAUGGAUAUAUUGAAAGGGUAAAAAAAAUGUCUCUAGAAGUCCCCGCCCCUUCCUCUGGCUCUGUACUCUAAACUUUGUGUUUUUGUUUAUUUAUUUUUUUGUUUUUUCCUCUUUCUGUAUGCUUCUCUUUACGUGCUUCAGAUGAAGAGUUCUAUUUAUUAUGACAUUAACGUUAUUAUAAUUAUGACUAAUUAUUAAUAUUAUCAUCAUCAUCCUCAUUAUUAUCAUUAAUAAACUUGUCUACUUCAGC